AUGAGCUCCAUCAGACCGCAUGAGAAGCUCCGAUCGGGCUGCGUAGAAUGCAAGCGACGCAAGAUCAAGUGCGACGAGACGAAACCAAUAUGUAAUCGCUGUAAACAGCGACCCGAAAAAUGCAAAUACGAAUUCAAACUUUGCUGGACAGAAGGAAGGCCGUUCAAGAAUAAAAAUCGCCAGAAAGACAAGGCUCGACAACAACAAGCAUCCCAAGAAGCACAACCAAGCGCCUCAGGGAGUGUUCAAGAGUGGCAGUCCGAAACUACAAUACGUCCGGCAAAGGCAUCUGUAAAUAGCGAUCUAGGACGGGCCAGCGGUCGUGUCACAGGAGUGCAAGAUGAUUCGGCAGAGGAUGAAAUCGACCGCCGGGCAUCGUUGGCCAUGUCCGUGAGUACGUGCUCGGAUUACUCGGUGGCUACUCCGCGGACUGGGAGCUUCAGCUGGGUAGGUCAAUCCAAUUCCUAUGGAUAUCAACAAGAUCCCGCUGGGAUGACCUGGCAUCAUUGGCAACCAGUCAAAACACAACACCAACAAAAACAGCCCCCUCCGCCUGUCUUUCAAUAUCAAUGGCAGGUCCCUCAGACUAUAUCAACCACUGCAUCACCAAUCAUUUCAUCGUCUGAGAGUCGAUUCUUCCUACAUCACUAUAUCAACAACACGGCUGGGGUGAUCUUCCCUCUUUCGCUCAAGGCAAACCCACUUAGCGAGUCCCUUCUUCAAUCUGCCAUGAACUCCUCACAUCUCCUAUAUGCAUUCCUCGCAUGCUCCGGCUCUCACUAUAUCAGUUUACGUGGAGAUCCAACGGGAGAAAUGACCAAGAGCGUCACAAAAUUCACCAACGCCGCCCUGAACGGGUUACGCAAGGCCAUGGUCGAUCCAAAUCAGGCCGGCCAACUAAGCACACUAACCACAGCACUUGCACUAUGCACAUCUGAUGUUAUAUCUGGGGGUAUGAAUACCUGGCGAAUCCACCUCUCGGGGGCCAGUAAUCUGGUCGCGUCCGUAUUUGAACUUCAAAGCAAUGAUGAUUCAAUAAGCACCCAAGACCCGACGAAGCUUUUCCUGAUCAAGUGGUUUACUCUUCUCGAUAUCUUCGCCGGCGUCGGCGGUCUCCGUAAGAGCGCCAACGCUGGAAGUUACUGGUCACUUCCUACGUCAAACGACACGGGCGGCUACAUUGACGAAUGGACCGGGUAUUCGUUGGACUUGAUCCCGAUCAUGUCAGAGAUUGGAAAGUUGGCCCGAAUACAACGAAAACGAUCAAAAAUCAUGUCUCUCAACGAUGACGAAUCCGAAGACGAAGCAGCCAAUCAACAGGCUCGUCUGGAUACGGCAGAAGAUAUCCAGCGCAUCGAGAACCAAAUCUAUGCCCUUUACGACCGCACGACACAUCCAGACCUAGAGUCAAAUCCGACCACAAAGACGACGGCGCAAGAAAUGCGCCAUAUCCAUCGAAUAUUCCUGCACACUAAUCUCCUCCAUCUCUAUCGUCGUGUGCAGGGGUUGCCUAAAGAACAUGCCAAACCAGCUCAUGCGAUUCACAUGGUCAUCGAGUUGCUGCUCAAGAUCAGGCCAACGUCUAUGGCGAAUAUUCUAUGUCUUUGGCCUGUUUUCACGGUUGGCUGCGAAAUUGAAGAUCCCACUCAACGACAAAUCAUUAAAGAUCGACUCGCAAAUAUGGAGGCGUUUGGGAUGGGCAAUGUGCAGAGUGCGCGGAAAGCGAUGGCGGAGUACUGGGAAUGUGACGUCAAAGAGAGAUGGGAUAUCUGGCUGGAAGAUCGUGGUUUUGACCUGAGUCUUUUCUGA